UUUAUAUGCUUCAUUUAGUUUUAGAAAGAUAAAUUUUAAGCAGGCUUAAACAUUGAAUAUGGCUGACAGAGAAUCUGGCAUUGUUUGGAAAAGAUCAAGUAUACCUCUUUGUGGAGAUGAUGAAGAUGUUUGGGAUGAUACCGUUUUGAUAAAAGCUUACGACAGAGCUGUUGCAAGAAUAAGGAAUGAUAGCGACAUUCAACCUGUUCAGUCUCGAUCUAAAAGAAAGAGAAAAAAUAGAAGUCUGAAUAGAAGAAAAAAAAUGACUUGGAAGGUUGGUUCAAAGUGUCUCUCCCCCUACUCUGGUGAUGGGCUUUACUAUGAAGCAACAAUUUUGUCUAUUGAUAUUGAGGCUUAUCUUGCUGAUGUUCAAUAUGAUCACUAUGGCAACACAGAAAAAGUGGACAUGUCUCAGUUACUUAGUAUUGAGCACAAUGGAAAAAAAUCCGAAAUGAACUGUGAAAACAAAGAUUUGGAAGUGAAAACAAAGAUGGCUGCUGAAGAGAUGUUAAAACAAUCUAAUCAAAAAAAUUUGAGAAAACAAUGGAAAGUGUCUGACAUAUGCUUUGUUUCUGUUAAAAAUGAAGAAACUAUUUUCAAGCAGGCUGUCAUUAAUGAGUUUAUCACUUCAUCAAUAUGUAAAGUUACUUAUACAUUUGAUCAUAAAACAGCGGAAGUUCCAAUAACUUCUUUAUUCACAGCUUCAAAAGUGCAGCGCAUGUAUAGAGCAUCACACUCUAAUGUUGGAGCUGAUAAAAAAAAAGAAGUUCGUCCAGGGAAUUAUCUGUACAAUAACAGACCUGUGCUUCCAUCAGAUAUUUUAGAAUUUUCUGAAGUACCCAAGGGAUUUGAUCCGCCAAUGUUUCCUCCUUUUCUCCCACAAAUACAUACUUCAAAUAAAGGUUCAUUUUUACGAAAUGGAUCUAUACCACUUCCUCCUCCAAAUUUGCCGCCUUUUCCUAGUCCUCCUAUAGUGCCCAAAGCUGUUCAAGCUGGAGACGAAGAAGCCCUAGCUGGAAUGUUGAUGUCUUGGUAUAUGAGUGGUUACCAUACAGGAUAUUACCAGGGGAUGCAUUUUUUAAAUCGUGAUUCCGAAUCAAAAAAGAUAAAAAACAAUGAUUUUAAAACCAGUAAUUCGGAUAUUAAACGUGAUGUAACGAGUGAGGUUGAAACUACCGACGGUGAACCUUUUCAUAUUAAAACGAAUUCGGACGUUAAAAAAGAUGUAAUGAGUGAGGUUGAAACUACCGAUGGUGAAUCUUCACUUAAUCAAAAGACUCAUACGAACUUAGAAAAGGAUUUGAUGAGUGACGUUGAAACCACAGACUGCGAAUCUUUUGUAGCAACUCAUAAAGACUUAACACAAGUUGUAACGAGCGAGAUUGAAACGACUGAUGGUGAACCUUCCUGAUUAAAAAUUUGCACUCUAAACAAAAUUAGCUAAUUUAAUGUUAUACAAUUCGAUUGUUUGUUGUUUAUAUAUUUAUAAGCAAA